AUCAUCCAACGCGCGACAGUUUCCAUUUCCACCAAUAUUAGUCUUAAAUCUUAAUUGCGUGCAAAACCUCCAGCAGUUGCUCUCAGGAAAAAUGUUGGACAAUGGCUUUGAUGCAGGAAACAUGUUGGACAACAGCUUUGACAGUAGAGAAGAUGAAUUUCCUAAUUGCUGUACUGAUGAGGUCAAAGUUGACCCCAGUAGGCCUCCAUCCCUAGCUUGGAAACGGAAACUUAAUAAUGAGGAGCAUGACCUUUCUCAAUUUGGUCUGACUUUGAGAGAAAAAAUCACUUUGGCUCCAAUAGGUUAUCGGCUGUGGCGGUAUCUUCGAGAGGAAAAAAUCAGGGGAAAGAACUGUUUUCUAGAUCCUUUUACGAAACGCCAUACAACAUCUUGCCAUGGGAUUCCAAUAGGUGGUAUUGGAGCAGGAAGCAUCGGAAGAAGUUUAAAAGGCGAAUUUAUGCGUUGGCAACUAUUCCCUAGAAUAUGUGAAGAAAAACCAGUCUUGGCAAACCAAUUUUCUAUAUUUGUUUCACGUCCAAACGGGGAAAAGUAUUCUAGUGUGCUAUGCCCAAAGAGUCUGGAAGUGUUAAAUGAUAGUUCAGCUUCUGGGAUAGGAUCUUGGGACUGGAAUCUGGGUGGACAAAGUUCCACAUACCAUGCAUUAUUCCCAAGGGCUUGGACUGUAUAUGAUGGAGAACCUGAUCCAGCACUUAAAAUAGUAUGUCGUCAAAUUUCUCCUGUUAUUCCCCAUAAUUACAAGGAGAGCAGCUUCCCUGUGGCAGUAUUUACUUACACGUUGUCUAAUUUGGGAAAGACGGCCGCAGAUGUCACUUUGCUUUUCACGUGGGCGAAUUCUGUUGGUGGAGAUUCUGGAUUUUCUGGUAACCAUUUCAAUUCAAAAUUUCGGUAAGGUUGCAUUUAUCACCUUCAAAUAUUG